AUGCCAAUUGAAAAAGACUUGGAAAGUGCAUACAAACUUCUUUAUAACGCUAAGGAGCCUGAAAAAGCUCUUGAGCUUUACGAUUCUGUAUUGAAGCAAUCGCCAAGCAACUUGGUGGCACACAUUUAUAAGGCCGCAAGCUUAGAGAAGUUGUACUAUGGGUUCAAAAGCUGGCAUAGCCAGGAAACACUUGAAAAUGCACAGGGUCUCCUUGAAAAGGCGCUUGAGAUCGCGCAGCAGCGACAAAAUCGAUCCAAACAGGCACUUGUGAACUUCCGUUUGUUUGUGCACUACUACAACCGAAAGAUGUACAUAGAGGCCCAAAGAUAUUUUGACAAAGCGCGCGAGCUCGAGUAUCGCGACGAUACACUGCCAAUCUGGGAAGCGAACUUGACCAAGAAAGUUGAAAAGUGGAAGCGCAAGCACGGAGAUGACUCGGGUGCCACCUCGCGCCAACAAACGCUCACAGAGAAGCAGCAAGACACAACGCCACAAGCGGCUUUGUCUGGUCAGACCGUACCCGAGACUCCUAGUGAGAAAUUACCAUUCAAAGUUGAUUGGUACCAGUCCUCCACACACGUCACCAUCUCCUUAUUUACCAUGGCCCUUCCUAAGUCCAAAGACGACGUCUUCAUUGAAUUUUCGAGCGGCAACAGAAAUGUCGAGCUUUCCUAUUCAAUUCCCACGUCUGGUUCUGAGUUCCAGUAUUCCGUAAGGCUCUCGCAUGCUGUGGAUCCGCAGUCUGUCCGCACCACAGUCUUGUCAAAAAAGCUUGAAAUAUCGUUUGCCAAAGUUGAAAAACGCCAGUGGAAGCGGCUUGAAUCUUCAGGUGCGGAAGAAGAAUUGGUGUCAAUUUCAAUCCCCAGCAGUGGACCUGAAGCCACCAACGCUCAUCAAUACCCAACGUCAUCUAAGAAAGGGAUUGACUGGUCGAAACUUGAGGUUGACGAUGACGACCAAGCCCAAUCUGCGGAUGCAUUCUUUCAGCAAUUGUACGCCAAUUCUGACCCGGAUACAAGGCGUGCGAUGAUGAAGUCAUACGUAGAAAGCAACGGCACCGCGUUGAACACCAACUGGGAAGAGGUAUCUAUAAAGCAAGUUGAAGCUGCACCACCGCAGGAUAUGAAACUCGAGAAACGGUGA